AUGACAUUCACCAGCGAUGUAUGCUAUGGAAAUGACAAUGGGCUAUCAGCUUUACUGAAGGGAUAUUCUGCCUUGAUUCCCCCGCUUCACCUUAAAUUUCCUCUUCAUUGUUCAUUUACUGAGGUACACACAUUUCUUUUACACCAAGUUUUGCUCGACCCGCACUUGAAGCAGUAUCCACCUUCCGGGAGAUACCAGCUGUCAUUUUGGAAGUGGGCAAUUGGACACUUGGAACGAAUGGACAAAUACGACGAGGACGCCGAGAUCGACACACGGAUUUAUGACCGUUAUUUGUCCCUUAUGUCGGGUCCAAUCGAUCGUAGUAGUCCCCCACCGGAUUCGUACGUGACAUAUUACUGGAAGCCUCCAAGUCCACUUGGUUCUGCCAAUCAAAACAGUCACGAGUCCAUCACGUUACUCGAGUCUCGGACCACCAUCGAAAGCGGGACGACAGGGCUAAGGACGUGGUGUGCAAGUUUCGUCCUUGCCAGCUAUCUCAUUGCGAAUCCCGAAAUGAUUCAUGAUCAAACGGUCCUUGAGCUUGGCUGCGGGACCGGUUUUCUUGGGAUUGUUGUGGCAACGUUGCAACAGAAAUUAAACGAGUGUCAUCAGUCACAUCACCAGUCAUUACCUGCGGUACUGUUGACCGAUGUUAAUUCCGGAGUGCUUUCAAGAUGCCGCGACAAUAUCCGACUUCGUUGCAAUCAGUCAUCAAAUCACCAAAAUAUCUCCUUCUCCACUCUUGACUGGUUCGAUUCCCUUUCCCUGCCACUCAGUGAGAACGCGGCGACAGCAUUUCUAUCCAAAGCGAGUGCCGGCGUUGUGAUUGGUGCUGAUAUAGUAUUCGACCCAAGUCUGGUCUUGCCUCUGGUCGCAACCUUGCGUCUUGCACUUUCCUUCGAGAGUACCCGAAUGGCAGUGGUGGCGCUAACAGUCAGAAAUGAGCAGACGCUUACGCAUUUUGUGACAGAGGCUGGUGAGCAGUCCUCGACCUGUGUAGUGCGGUGA